GGUUUUGCAAUUUCAAAGUUAAAUUGUAAAAUCUUGUUAUACAAUUUUAUUUUUUUUUUACAAAAAUCUGGAUGCGUACGGUAAAUACUCAACACAGAUACAUAAACUACAAAAACCAUGAAAUGUUGAGGAAACACAAAACUGGCCAUUCGCCAGUUGGACUCGAUUACAAUACUUUCUUAGUUUCGGCUCGGGAAGUAAAAAGACAGACAAAUUAAUUAUCUAGUAAAGUGGAAAGUGAAAUAGAGAACAGGACAAAUGAGCUAUGUUUUGACCAGAAAUUAUAUUUUUGAAUUUAAUUGCAAUUUUUUUGAAAGUUCAAAAAUUGUUAAGGACUAAUAGUUUUUUCCUUGAAUUCAGGCAUCCAAUCAUAAACAAAAACUUUUUAUUACGUCAUUUGAGAUAAAUCUCGAGCAGUAUAAAACAGUGAUCGGGAGGUCACAACAAUUAUUACCAGUCCGAAUAGUGAGGACAAACAAAGUCAGUGAUUCUGAUUAGAGUGAUAUUAGAUCAGCACGAUGUGGUGGAUAUUGGCGGCUGUAGCAGCCGUUGCUUCGGCUUACUGGUUCCUUAUCCGUCCCCAUAAGUAUUGGAUAAAAAAAGGGGUUAAGCAAGGAAGUCCUACGUUUAUUUUUGGGGAUAGUUGGGCACAAACGAUGCAAAAACAGUCAUUUUCCGAAAUGAUUGAGAUGAUUUACAACAUGUGUCCAAACACCAGGUACUCAGGCUUUUACCAAUUCCUCCAACCAACGCUUCUUUUGAAAGAUCCCGAACUUAUUAAACAGAUUACCGUCAAAGACUUUGACCACUUCGUCGACCAUCAACGCUUUAUUCCAGAAGACAGUGACCCUCUAUGGAGCAACAAUCUGUUCGCUUUGAAUGGCAAAAGAUGGCGCGAAAUGCGAGCCACCCUCAGUCCAGCUUUCACCAGCAGCAAAAUGAAGUACAUGUUCUCUUUAAUUUCACAAAGCGGCGAACAAUUCGUCAAUUACUUUUUGAAAAAGAACGAAGAUGUCAUUACCGUUGAAAUGAAAGACAUUUUCACAAGAUUCGCCAAUGACGUCAUCGCCAAUACCGCUUUUGGUGUAGAAUGCGACUCUUUAGUUGACCGACAAAACGAGUUUUAUGUAAUGGGAAAAGAAGCUACAGAUUUCAGCAGCUUCUGGAAAAAUUUAAAAUUCAUUCUAUACUUUUUAACACCUACGCUUUCGGAUUUGUUCAAAGUGAGAUUCUUUUCCGAAGAAGUCAACCAGUUUUUCACCAGUUUAGUCAAAACUAAUAUCCAAAGUCGCGAAAAACACGGAGUGGUAAGACCCGACAUGAUCCAUCUCCUCCUCGAAGCUCGAAAAAACGGGCUCAAACACGAAGACUCUCCCUCGAUUCAAGAUACAGGUUUUGCUACAGUUGAAGAACAUGAGUUUACCAAAAAUGCCAAGAAAAUCGAGCGCGAAAUAACUGAUCAAGACAUCGCCUCCCAAGCGUUGAUUUUCUUCUUCGCGGGUUUUGACACGGUUUCUUCUUUAAUGAGUCUGAUGUCGUACGAGCUUGCUGUAAAUCCAGAUGUUCAAGACAAACUCGUGCAAGAAGUCGAUGACACUUUAGAAACCUGUGGGGGUAAAAUCAGUUAUGAGGGUCUGCUUGGUAUGAAAUACCUGGACAUGGUUGUAUCCGAAUCUUUAAGGAAGUGGCCCAACGCUGUUUCGACUGACAGACUCUGCACUAAACCCUACACCAUUGAACCUAAAAAUCCAGAUGAACAACCUCUGCAUUUAGAAAAGGGUACUAAUAUUUGGAUACCAACUUUUGCCAUUCACCGGGAUCCUGAAUAUUACCCAGAACCUGGGCGUUUUGAUCCCGAAAGAUUUAGCGACGAAAACAAGGCUAACAUUAAACCCUACACGUAUUUGCCUUUUGGUACCGGACCCAGGAAUUGUAUUGGGUCUAGGUUUGCCCUAUUAGAGACAAAAAUUUUGUUCUUUUAUAUUUUAUCACAUUUCCGGAUAGUUCCUGUGCAAAAGACCCCGAUUCCUUUGGUUUUAUGCAAAAAGCAGUUUAAUUUGAACGCAGAAAAGGGCUUCUGGUUAGGACUUAAACGUCGUUGUAAAAUCUAAGUUCAUGGUUCAGCUAAAUUUGAAGUUGUGACAAUGCGUCAAUGCGUUGCCUAGAUGGUGCUAACUUUGGGUCUCAACAUAUACUUACCAAUUUUAAGUUAUUUAGAUGAUCUGUCAAAAAUGUAUGUACUUUUUAAUAAAUAAUCUUAAAUCA